CUGUGUUCCCCGCGUAUCUUGAAUCUCGGUGAUGGAUGUUGCUCAAACUCAAGUGCGAACUAUACGAGUGGUCGAUGUAGUUGCAGAUGAGUGUCAGAGGCUUUUCCACCAUUUUUUGGAAACAUUUAAGGAAAACGACGUUCUGAAAUAUGUAGAGGCUGCUAACGGGCUCAAACAACUUGAGAAAAAUACACUGUCAGUGACCUUUACAGACAUAAUAGUAUCUGAUACGAGGUUAUCUGGACUUAUUCAGGACGAGUUUUAUAGGCUGUAUCCUGCGCUUUGCUCGGCCACAAAAAAUUUCGUGAAUGAUCACGUACCAGAUACGCAGAAUUCAGGAAGGGACUUCUACGUCAGUUUUACAGACGUCCCUAGCUUACACAGGAUGCGAGACCUCACAGCAAGUCAGUUAGGAAGGUUGAUCAAAGUACGUGCUCAGGUCGUACGAGCACACCCUAUUCACCCCGAACUUUUAAUGGGUACUUUUCGAUGUUCCGAAUGUAAGAUAGUGAUAAGAAAUGUGGAGCAGCCCUUCAAAUAUACCCAGCCAACGGUAUGUUUUAAUCCUCAAUGCGGGAACCGACUUAAGUUUGAGUUGCUUACGAAUGAGUCGAAGUUCGUCGAUUUCCAGAAAGUCCGAGUUCAAGAAACUCAGUCUGAAUUACCUCGAGGGAGCAUUCCACGCAACCUUGAAGUCAUACUACGUGCAGAUACAGUAGACCUUGCGCAACCUGGUGAUCGGUGUGAAUUUAUUGGGACUCUUAUCGUUAUCCCUGAUGUUGGACAACUAGCGACACCCGGUGACAGGUCGUUAGAGGGUAAACCGUUACGAGGACGAGACAAUCAAGAAAUCGGCGGUGUAACUGGUCUAAAGGCUUUAGGAGUGCGUGAACUUUCUUAUCGAACAGCGUUUUUGGCUUGUACUGUCAUACCUUCAAAUGGAAGAUACUUGCCAUCAGAUGAAUUAGAAGAGUCAGAUGCGAUCUCUUACGAAGCAUUGUCAAAAAGACUGACGCCAUCUGAGCUCGAUACAAUUUGUCAAAUGAGUCAGGAUCGAAAACUUCUUACAAACAUGUGCAGAUCUCUUUUCCCGACUAUUCACGGUGCUGAUGAAGUUAAGAAAGGUAUCCUGUUGAUGCUUUGUGGUGGUGUACCCAAGAUUACUGAAGAGAAAACCCAUCUCCGUGGAGAUCUAAACGUAUGUCUAGUUGGUGAUCCAAGUACAGCGAAGUCUCAGUUCUUAAAACAUGUUGAGAAGUUUUCUCCACGUGCCGUUUACACUAGUGGUAAAGCCAGCUCAGCAGCUGGUUUGACAGCUGCAGUAGUGAGGGAUGAAGAGUCCUUCGAAUUUGUCAUUGAAGCUGGAGCACUAAUGCUUGCAGACAAUGGAGUUUGCUGCAUAGAUGAAUUCGAUAAGAUGGAUCUUAAAGACCAAGUCGCAAUUCACGAGGCGAUGGAACAACAAACAAUUAGCAUAACGAAGGCUGGUGUGAAAGCUACACUGAAUGCUCGCACUUCUAUUCUUGCAGCAGCUAACCCCAUUGGUGGUCGCUACGACAGAUCAAAAUCUCUACGACAUAAUAUUGGCUUGUCUGCUCCCAUCAUAUCACGUUUUGACCUGUUUUUUGUGCUGAUUGAUGAAUGCAACGACAUCGUGGAUUAUGCUAUCGCUCGUUCAAUUGUAGAUUUGCAUAUGGGGAGACAUGGCGCAGAAGAUACUCACACCAUCUAUUCAGUUGACAACAUUCGUCGCUACAUCGCUUUUGCUCGUUGUUUUAAACCCAAAAUAAGCGGGGAAGCUAUGGAAUGCAUGGUUGAAGAGUACAAAAAAAUGCGUCAGAGAGAUGCUUCCAGUGGGACAAAGUCUGCAUGGCGCAUCACUGUUAGACAGCUGGAAAGUCUUGUUCGUCUUUCAGAAGCAACAGCACGACUACACUGUGCAGAUACCGUAACACAAGCUCAUGUACGGGAAGCUUUUGCUCUCUUAAACAAAUCCAUAAUACGAGUUGAACAGCCUGAUAUAAAUCUAGAAGAGGAAGACCAACAUCAACUGACAGAUGCUUCGGAAACACCAGUUAUUGAUCAGCCAACUACCGAGACAAAUACAACCGCUGGACAUUUACGAGUAACAUAUGAUGAGUAUAGACGGAUUGCUAGUCUUUUAAUUUUGAGGGCCCGAAACUGGUGUGAGACCUUAGCAACAGAUAGUGAGUCUGAUCAAACUCCUGGUGCUCCAAAAAGGAGUGAACUAGUCAACUGGUAUCUAGAAGAAGUUGUUGAUGAAUUUGAAACCGAAGCGCAGUUAGCGGAAGUCAAGCUUCUUGUCGAACGCAUAAUCGAUCGCCUAAUAAAAAAGGAUAAUAUUCUCAUAACUAUUGGUGGUACAGGACUGGAUGCAUCUGCUGAUACCGCUGAUCCUUACAUCGUCGUGCAUCCUAAUUACGUGGAGUAAUUAGAACUGUUUUUCAGAAAGAUGUAUUUAUAAUCAAGAUGUGCUUUUUAUGUAAUAAAAUUUUUAUUAAUUAUUA